UGCCGUGCAGCGGGGCGGGCUCUGCAACGCACCAAUCACCGCGCGGCUCCUCUCUAUAAAUACGAGGCCGCGGACUUGCUCCAGGCCCAGUGAUUUCCCCUGAUUCGUGGACGACGGCCGCCGCCAUGUCGGAGACCGCGCCUGUUGCCGCUCCCGCUGUUUCUGCUCCCGGGGCGAAAGCCGCCGCCAAGAAGCCGAAGAAGGCGGCGGGCGGCUCCAAAGCCCGCAAGCCGGCGGGCCCCAGCGUCACCGAGCUGAUCACCAAGGCCGUGUCCGCCUCCAAGGAGCGCAAGGGGCUCUCUCUCGCCGCCCUCAAGAAGGCGCUGGCCGCCGGCGGAUACGAUGUGGAGAAGAACAACAGCCGCAUCAAGCUGGGGCUCAAGAGCCUCGUCAGCAAGGGCACCCUGGUGCAGACCAAGGGCACCGGCGCCUCCGGCUCUUUCAAGCUAAACAAGAAACCAGGCGAAACAAAGGAGAAGGCAACUAAGAAGAAACCGGCAGCCAAGCCCAAGAAGCCGGCGGCCAAGAAGCCUGCCAGUGCUGCCAAGAAGCCCAAGAAGGCUGCGGCGGUGAAGAAGAGCCCCAAGAAAGCCAAAAAGCCGGCGGCCGCUGCGGCCAAGAAAGCGGCCAAGAGCCCCAAGAAGGCAGCAAAGGCGGGUCGCCCCAAGAAAGCAGCGAAGAGCCCGGCCAAGGCGAAGGCGGUGAAGCCCAAAGCCGCCAAGCCCAAGGCGACCAAGCCCAAAGCAGCCAAGGCAAAGAAGGCGGCGCCCAAGAAGAAAUAAUUGGACUGACAACUAGAGAGUCUGCUCUUUUCAAUAAACCCAAAGGCUCUUUUAAGAGCCACCCA